AUGGGGCACGCUUACAAGUAUAGGAUCAUAAAGGCCCAGUUGGUCGAUUGGCUGCGGUACUACGAGGACGAGGGCUUUUGGCAAGACCUGGCGAGACUGGCUGCGGAGAAAAAUUGGAAAGCCUUUGCGAAACGGGUCAGAGUGGCUUGGCAGCAGGCAGGCGGCGCUGUUGGCGAUCUGAGUUUUUUGGACAAUUCGUCACAUGCUAUCAAUGUCUGGCAGCUGGUGAAUCGCAUCGAGAAGCCAAGACCGAUGAAGAAGGAUGGACAUCUUCAAGCCAAAUCAGAGUUGAUGGAGUGGCUUUGGUAUUACGACAACGAUCAAUUCUGGGAUUCGCUUGCAAGAGCGAAGCAGAACGGCUGGAAGAGGUUCGCCGCGCAAAUUAAGAGCGAGUGGAGCAAUGUAGGUGGCAGCGUCAAGCGGCUCAACUUCCUAGACAACUCGCAGCAUUGCAGGGACGUCUACUCCGUCAUGUUCAAUGGCGCUGAGCCUCAGCUUCCUCGGCAGCCUCAUGCGUGA